AUGUAUCAGGAAGAAAGGAAAAUCAUGUUGAUACGGAAAUAUCCUGAUAAAUCUGCAGUAGUAGAAAUCCAAAAGAAGAUUACAGAAGCCUUUGAGGUGUUUGACCAUGAGUGUAAUAAAACUGUGGAUGUCAGAGAGAUCGGCACAAUUGUAAGGUCAUUAGGCUGUUGUCCCAAUGAGGGGGAUCUCCAUGAUAUGCUUGCAGAGGUAGAAGAAGAAGAACCAACUGGGUUUAUUCAUUUGGAAAAAUUUCUUCCUAUGAUGACUAGAGUGUUAAUGGAAAGAAGAUACCGACCAAUUCCAGAAGAUGUUCUUUUACGUGCUUUUGAGGUUUUGGAUCAGAAUAAAUCUGGACAUCUUACUAAAGAUGAUUUGAUAAAGUAUAUGACUGAGGAAGGUGAGCCUUUUACACAGGAAGAAAUGGAAGAAAUGCUUUCAGCAGCAGUAGAUCCAGAAACAAAUACUGUUCGCUACAAGGACUAUAUUUCAAUGAUGGUUGUGGAUGAAAACUAAGGUCGUUGUUUAAUUUGUAGGUCUGAACUUUAUACUUACACAUUAACUUCACUGGAGUUGCUCUGUAUUUGCCUUUGGACUAUAACACAGGCAUAAUAAAUAAUUACACUGAAAUUUAUGAAAAUACUGUAUUUUUUAUUUUCUGAAAGAUAAACAUUCCUAAAGAUCUUAAAGUGUCAAUCUGAUUGUAUAACUGAAAAUAGUAGAAUUCAGAAUUUGCAAAGAAAACACUAACUGGGCAGUCUUCAUGUCAAUUCACAGGAAAGUUGCAUUGAAUUUAAUAGAAUUUAUUAUUAGAGAAAUCAUGUGCAAGAUUGCAGCCUAAUUCUGGUCCCAAUUGCCAUUGUUAAGGAAGAACUACCUGUACUCAAACUUUGUCUAAUUGAACAAAUGAAAUAUAUCUUUAGGAGACAUCCCUGCUGGUUUACAACACUGAGGGGACUUACCUGCAUGUGCGGAUACUCACGAGAGGGUAUGAAGGUACUCACGAGAGGUUCAUGAGAACAAUUUGAUAACUCUCUAGUCCUUUAAGAAAAGGAUAACAGAUAUUUCCCUAUAAAUUGAUCUAAGUGCAAUUGCAAAUAACAAAGUUGCCCCUUGGUAUGCAAUAAUAAAAUCUAGGGUGGAAUCUGAGCAAUAUUUAAAAUAUGUCACUAGACCCUUUCUUCAGUCACCUUAACAAAACUCUGGAUGCCACAAAUGCCUUCUGCUAUAUCUAAGGGCUGCUCCAAAAAAUUCCUUAUACCCAGUGACUCUGCCCUUCUGGGAUGGCAGUACAGAACACAUUUCACAUUAUCUUCUUAAUUUUCCAGAUUAUGCUGCCCCCAGCUCCAAAUACUCUCCUUCAAAUAAAAGCAUACUGGCUAGAUCACCAUAAGAUUGAAUUUUUGUUGAAAAUUCAGCAGACCAUAAUUCUCUGGCAUUUGGCUGUUUUGCCUGUGAAACAGCUCAGCGACAUAAACAUCUUCACUCCCUUUGUAAAUCUAAGUCCCCUUGAUUUUAACUGCACCUUUUUAAAUGACAGUGGGUGCUUUUUCAAAUCUGAAAACCUGAUU